AUGACUACGCCAUCGCACCGACGAUGCUGUGAAAUGAGGCAAGCAUCUAGCCAAGUCAACUCUACCCGCACAUAGCCUUGGGGGGCUUCUCCCGCGUGCUUCGUCUGCGAAGCGCCGGUGGACAACACCGAUCACUACUUCUUCGGCUGCUUCGACUCGCGAAACGUCUGGAUCGCGGCGAGGGGCGUGCUCUGCGACGCGAUCGAGGGCGCCGAGUACACGACACUUCAACGACUCUUUGGCCUCCCCAAGCUCAAGGCCAAGCUCAGCGCACAGGAAGGCGCGGGAAGGACGAUCGAGAUCUUCACGGGGAUGGUUUUGGAGAUGAUCAGCAGUGGGAGAUGGAGGAUGCAGAAGCACGGGACGAGGAUGGAAAGCGUGGAGAGGAGGAGGGUGGUACUGGAGGAGAGGAUGAAGUUGAGGGCGGGAGGAGCAAGAGGCAGGCGAGGGCAGUAG